AGAGCCUGAGAAGUGCUCACUGCACCUUUGACAGAGAACAGCACUCACAGAUAACUGAUAAGCAGCUAACCUGCACGCUUCCCCAAGCUUGUGAAACCAUGUCCCACAGUAAAGAGAUGGUUCCUAUCAGCAAUGACAUGGAGCUUUCAGUCCCCGUGUCAGACUUGCUGCUGGCUGCUAAGAAGACAGCCCUGCUGUUCCAUAUGUCUUACCUGUGUAUGGCCAACUUCCCAGCACUGGAGAGGGAACUGCGGGCCAAGGCUACAGACGCACAGCUGCUGUUCAGCUCUUCUGCAUCUCUGCUUAUAGAGUGUGCCAGCACCAGUGAAAACAUGGUCAACAUAUUACUCCCAAUUCUCAGACAUGCAGCUGAGAAGUACAAGCCCCUGAUAGCCGUGAAGUACUUGGAGAAAGCGAAGAGGUGGAUUCAUGGCCUCGUCGAUGAUGUUGACGAGAAAGUACAAAUGUACGGGACGCUGGACAAAGACGUGGGGAGCACUGCCAGUGAUGUUGUUUCGACCAAGAUCAAAACUGAGGAGAAGAUAAAACACCAAACCAAAGAAAUUAAAGACCUGCAGAAAGUGGUGGACACGUACAAGGACAGGCAGAAAGACAUUAACGCAGAAUACGACCACAUGAGGGAAAUUGUGAAGGAUGUCGCCAGCAGGAACCGGAAGUUUGCCAUCGUGGCUGCAGUGGUUCCCAUACUUGGUCCACUCAUUAAUGAAAUUCAGCACGGAGUGCACGAUGCUCAAGACCAAGCUGCCGUGAAAUCCGCUAAGAUCACCUUGCAGCAGCUGAAUGAGAAAAAGGCUGGUCUCAGUCAACAGGAAGCAAAGCUGGAGGGAGAGCUGAUGACUUCUCAGAUGUCACUUGCUACGGCAAAUAUUGAUCUCGGUUCAGUUCCUGACCCUACCAAUCUGAACGAGGUUCAGAUGUGCCUGAGCAGAGUUCAGCAAAUCCUGCUCAAGCUGAGAGCAUUCUGGGAGGGGAUAACUGUGAUGCUGGAUAACCUCCGCCAAAGAACCUUGGCUGGCAGUGAAAUUACUGAAGAUCUGAAAGAGUUUUUGGACUCCCUUGACAUUGCUGGAAAGUGCUGGAAGACUUUUGGUGACCUUUGCCUCAGUGUGAGAGGCACAUUCAGUGCUCAGUCCAAAGACACCUACAAAUUCCUGGAGGUCAGCCCUUCCUCUCUGUCAAAGGAAGAGUGGUGCGAGCAGUACAACUCUCUGCAAAAGCAGCUGCAGGAAUUCUAUGGAUCUGGACCUGCAGCCAUUGAAGCAAAAAAUGGUUCCAGCCAUUAAAGAGGCUGAAUAAUCAGCAAAUGCCUGCAAUAUCG